AUGAACGGUAGCUUGGCGAACGGAUUGAACGAGGGCCUUAAUGCCCCACCGCCAAAGAUCGCCUUCGAUCGGAGCAUUUCCGCGUACAGUGAGCGGGAUGUGCAGUGUGGCUUUUGGGUGUGCCGUGGACCGUUCUGGCAGCGGCUCGCCAGCAAGAAGCUGUACGUGCUGCUGUUCGGGCUGAUUGGGUGCAUCCUUAACUCCACCACCUCGUACUUCUACGGCACGCUUACCACGGUGGAGAAAAGCAUCCAGAUAUCGUCCCGCACGGUCGGCAUAAUAACGGCCGGGUCGGAUCUAUCGUUCGUGCUGGCGUCGCUGUUCCUUUCGUACUAUGCGUCGAACCGCCGGAAACCGCUGUGGAUUGCGAUGGGAAUCGUCAGCAUGGCACUGUCCUGCUUCGUGAACGCGCUGCCGCACUUUCUGUUCUCCAAAGGACAGGAAGAGCUUGUGCAGAAUGUGGGUAAUUGGACGAAAGGUGGAGAUAACCUGUGCCGGGAGGAUCGACUACCUCCGGACUGUUCACUCGACCUGGGCGAUAUACGGCCGCAGCUGGUACUGUUCUUCGGAAGCUUCCUGUCCGGCAUCGGGACAUCGCUGUACUUCACGCUAGGUCUCACCUAUCUCGAUGAUAACGUGCGCAAGGAGAAGGUACCGUUCCUUUCCAGCUUAGCCGCCUUUGGACGACGCAUGGGACCGCUGGUAGGCUUCUCGCUGGCUUCCCUCUGUCUCAAGUACUUCGUGCACGUGGGUGUCGAUCCGGGUUACGAUCAGAGCGAUCCACGCUGGAUCGGUGCGUGGUGGAUGGGAUGGUUAGUGCUUGGCUCUAUGCUCAUCCUCAUUGCUCCAUUCUUCGCCAGCUUCCCGAAGGUUCUACCCCGAACGGCGGAACGCAUAUCCCUGUCACGGCAGGCAAGUCGUACGAGCGGUACCCAUUCGACCGCCGAGGAGGAGGUGGAUGGUGACAGGAAGGUGUCGUUCGGUGACAUGCUGGUGACGGUGCGUCGGCUCAUCACCAACAAGGCGUACGUGUUCAACAACGCGGCCAGCAUCUUCUACUUCUUCGGGUACAUGCCGUUCUUCCUGUUCCAGGCGAAGUACAUCGAGAUCCAGUACCGAUUAACUCCAUCCCAGGCAAACAUGGUUACAGGAUCGGUUUCGCUAGUGUUUUCCGCCCUAGGAAUAUUGAUCGCUGGUAUGGUGAUCCAAAAGCUUCGAGUUACCUCCCGGCAGCUGGCUGGAUGGAAUGUCGUCACGAGCAUUCUGUCGGCGAUAGGCAUCGUUGGUUACGCAUGGUUUGGCUGUUCCGCGCUCAAUAAUGCGGAUAUCGUGGCUAAUUCACAGGACGCUAAUUGUAGUCUUGGCUGUAACUGCGAUUUUGUCAAAUAUGCUCCAAUUUGUGGAAGCGAUGGACAAACGUACCUUUCACCGUGUCACGCUGGAUGUAGAGAGCUGAUGAAAGAUGCUAGUGGAACGACGCUGUACACCAAUUGCUCCUGUAUUCCAAAUCUCGUGACAGGCGGCGGAAACGUUACGUCCAGCUUCGGUUCCGCCAUGCCCGGAAGCUGUCCGGUUGAUUGUUGGACCCCGUUCUACUUCUUUCUCAUUGUGAUGUGUCUGAACAAGUUCAUCGGAGGAACGGAAUCGGCUGCCAAUUUCCUCAUCGGACUAAGGUGUGUGGAGCCCCGCGAUAAAGCGAUCUCAAUGGGGUUCUCGAUGGCGAUCAACACGCUGUUUUCCUUUCUUCCUGCACCGAUCAUCUUCGGUGCGAUCAUCGAUCGUACUUGCGUGCUUUGGGGACGCACCUGCGCCAAACAGGGUAACUGUUGGCUUUACGAUGGCGAAGCAUUACGCGUAUCAAUGAACUAUACGGCGGCCGUGUUUGUCAUCAUCGGGACGUGCUUCGACAUGGGCACAUGGUACUAUUCGAAGAACUUCAAGAUAUUUGAUGAUGCUCCCGGCGAGGAAGACGGCAAGAUCCCGGUGGAAAAGGAGCUUGUUUCGCUUGUAAACAAAGGGAAGGAAGAUCCUGCAGAGGCUACGCGAGUUAACUAA